CCUCUACAGCACAGAGAUCCAGCCAUGGCACCUACAAUCACUUCAGCUAUGAUCUACUGUAAUGAGCACUGGACUCUGACCAACAAGCUAAGAAAGCCAGUGGUUGAAAAGUUACGCAGAGAUCGUAUCAACAACAGCAUUGAGCAGCUCAAGUCUCUCCUGGAUCCAGAGAUCCUCACCCAGCAGCCAGAUUUCAAACUGGAGAAAGCCGACAUCCUGGAGAUGACAGUUUGCUUGCUGAGACAACAGCAACAGUACCAGCCAGUGAGUGCCUCCUCCUGCUCAGCAGGUGUCAAUGAGUGUUACUCCAGGUGUGUCCAAGAGAUUGUGCACUUCCUGUCCAAGGAUGAGGUGAAGACACAGUCCCAGAGAAGACUGGUGAGCCACUUCCAGAGCCUGCAGCCAUCCUCUGAUAAGAACAGGAGGGAGAGUGACCUGCCUCAGUUGAGCUCCCCAGCCCAGCACAGCAUCAGCAAAGAGAAGAGUCCAGUCAACAGCGCUCUCUGGAGGCCCUGGUAGAGUCCUGCAGAAUGGAGCUCCACUCUCUGAUAAACUCAAUGGACCAUGUUGGUCCAACAUUAAUGUCAUGGACAGUGAUCAUAGAUCACGCAGGAUGUUUUAAACGUCCUGUUUUGAUCGAAAUUUGUCAUUAUAGUUGUACUGAACAAGUAAAAUAGUUUUGACCAAGAAAACGAUGAAACUAUGAACAUUGCGUUUUUGAAAUGUUAAUAACAUUUAUGUUUGUGAAGCAUGUGUUCAUUACGUUGAACAUGUGCUUAUUAACGAUCAGCAUCAACUUCAAUGGUCCUCCAUGAGGACCUUAAAUCCAAAAUGGGUAUUUCAUCAUCAAUCUUUUUGUGAUUAUCGAUUACCAAUCUGUUUAAAGGUCAGUACCUAUUCAAGAAUGAGACAUUUUGUUACACUACAUUUUUGUAGUGAUAUGAUCAUAUUGACAUUAUAUUGAGCAUCUUCUGUGAAGUAUGUAUCAGUAUUAGUUAGGCAUUUGUUAUUGAUCAACUUGAGCUACAUCAUCACUGAUCCUCCAUGAGGAUUAUUUACCCAAACUGGGUAUUAUACCUGUUAUCAUCACUCUGUGAUUAGAAAUAAUUGAUCUGUUUUUAGAUCAGACUUUAUGUGUGAAAAUGUUGCUCACAUUAUUUGAAUAAUGUGUAUAUUGUAAAGGGGAGAAAAUGUUUUCUCUCAAUGUGAAACCUUUGUUUAUUUUAAACAAUAUGUUGUCUUUUAUAAAGACAGUAACUGUGUAUCCUAUGCUCUGUUAGAGUAUCAUAUGUCUUGGAGAUUGAUCCAAGUUGUGGUUUUGAUGUGUAAUCACCUAAAGUAUUCACCUUAUAUUUAGGUGUUCAAAUCUAUGAUGUGACUCUGAGUCAAUGUCAAUA